ACGCCUCUUGCAUAAGCUGCAGCCACGUCUGUGUCUGUGGAAUGGCGUUGUUUGUGUAGCUGGAGAAACCGAGUGGUUGACUUAAAGUAAGCAAGGCUGCCGAUGGAGGCGACGGUCCAAAGUCCACACUUGGCAACGCUUACCUGUCUGUGACUGCUCGGCAUCAUGGAGAAGACUCUAGGCGUGAGCAGAGUCUUGCGUGGUGUUGUGCUGUGCAGCCUCGCGUACCCGGAGGUGACUUCGUCUUCGUAUUCAACCAAGAGAGCAUCUCAUCUCACGUCCCUCUGUCGCGGCACGAGGAUCAUCGAGGAUCAGCGAGGACCGUCGCUUCACUGUCGUUCCUCUACCUCGCCACGUCGCGAGUCAAAACACACUUGUUGACUGAAAGCUCCCUUCCAGAAUACGCAGUUGUGCAG